AUGGAGAGCCAGCCAGCAGUGAACGGCCACGCUGCUCCCAGCUCACCUGGGGAGGCCACGCCAGGGACGAACCACCCGUGCCAGGACACGAUGGGCAAGCAGCAGAGAGCAGCGGGCAAGGACGCGGGGGCUGCCAGGGAGCCCCUGGGGACAGCGGGCAGCAUCACAGGCGUGCUCAUCGAGGCUUCCAAGAGGAUCCUGAGCUUCUAUGAGGCCACCAGGGAGCACCUGCUGAGCCUGGAUUCCGCCCUGUGCCUCCUGGAGGCCCAGGCAGCCACGGGCUCCGUGCUGGACCCGCUGGGGAGGCGCCGCGUGCCCGUGGCGGAGGCCGUGCGCACGGGGCUGGUGGGGCUGGAGCUGAAGGAGAGGCUGCUCGCGGCAGAGAGAGCUGCCACCGGCUUCCUGGACCCCUACAGCGAGGAGAAAAUCCCCCUGUUCCAGGCCAUGCAGAAGGAGCUGCUGGGGAGGGAGCAGGGCAUCCGCCUGCUCCAGGCCCAGAUGGCGACUGGAGGCGUCAUCAACCCGGCCACGGGCGGCCGGCUGCCGGCAGGGAUGGCCUGUGAGAGGGGAUUUCUGGAUGAAGAGACGAGCCAGCUCCUCUCUGACCCCAGCCACGAGGACAGCAGAGCGUUCCUGGACCCCAGCACGGCGGAGAAGGUCACUUAUUGGGAGCUCAGGAGAAGGUGUGUGGAGGAUCCAGCCUCAGGCUUCCUCCUGCUGCCGCUGCAAAUCACAUUCCCAGGACUGGGAGGGAGGGUGAGCAGCAGGGACCUGAUGGACUCAGGCAUCAUCAGCCCCGACGUGUUCCGAGGCCUGGAGCAGGGGACGAUCUCAGCCCAGGAGGUGGCAGAGAACGACAUUGUCCAGCACUUCCUGCGCGGCACCAGGAGCGUGGCCGGGGUGGUGCUGCCCUCCGGGGAGCUGAAAAGCCUUUACCAGGCGCUGAGGGAGCAUCUCCUGGUGCCUGGCGCCGCCCUCAUGCUCCUGCAGGCGCAGGCCUGCACCGGCAGCCUGACAGACCCACUCAGGAACCAGAGCUACUCGCUGGAUGAGGCUGUCAGGGCCGGGCUCGUGGGCCCAGAGCUUUAUGAGAAACUCUCUUCAGCUGAGAAAGCCGUCACCGGGUACAGGGACCCCUCCACCGGGGAAAUGCUCUCCCUGUUCCAAGCCAUCAGCAAGGGCUUUGUCCCCAGGGAUCACGGCCUCUGCCUCCUGGAGGCUCAGCUGGCCACGGGCGGUGUCGUUGCCCCUGGCCGGCACCUCCGCGUCCCCACGGAGACGGCCUGCGAGUGGGGCUACCUGGACGAGGCCACCAGGCAGCUCCUGUGCAGCCCCUCUGGUGACACCAAGGGCUUCUUCCACCCCGGCUCCAAGGAGAAGCUGAGCUACGCCGAGCUGCUGCAGCGCUGCGUCACCGACCCCAGCACGGGGCUGCUGCUGCUGCCGCUCGCUGGGGACGGCGCGGGAGGAUCCCGGGGAGCGCUCGGCUUCUUCGACCACAGCAGUCAGGCAGCGCUGGAGAACACCCAGGUGCCCAUUGCUGCCGGGAAAUUCAAGGGCAAGUCGGUGUCUCUCUGGAAACUGCUCUUCUCCGACUACAUCCAGGCUGAGCAAAGAGCUGAGCUCGCCCAGCGGUUCCUGGCAGGAACUCUCUCCCUGCAAGGACUGGGAGAGGCCAUCAGAGCCGCCGUCGAGGAGAAGGCUGCCACUGCUAACGUCACCUUCAAGGGCCUGAGGGACCAGGUGACGGCUGACCAGCUCCUGAGCUCGGAAAUCAUCAACAAAGACUUGUUUAAGAAGCUCAAGGAGGGGGAGACGUCGGCCAAAGAAGUGGUGAGCAUGGACACGGUCAGGAAGUACCUGCAGGGCACGGGCAGCAUCGGGGGGCUGCUGCUCCCUGACUCCCAGGAGAAGAUCAGCAUCUACCAGGCCAAGCGGAAGGGGCUCCUGAGGCCGGGAACGUCUCUGAUCCUCCUGGAGGCCCAGGCUGCCACAGGGUUUGUCAUCGACCCGGCUGCCAACAAGAGGUAUUCCGUGGAUGAGGCUCUACGGGCCAACGUCAUCGGCCCGGACGUCUAUGACAAGCUGCUGGCAGCGGAGAAAUGUGUCACUGGCUACAGAGAUCCCUACUCAGGGGACAAGAUCUCCCUGUUCCAGGCCAUGCAGAAGGAGCUGAUCGUCAGGGACCAUGGCAUCCGCCUGCUCGAGGCGCAGAUCGCCACUGGUGGCAUCAUCGACCCUGUCAACAGCCACCGCAUCCCCGUGGAGGUGGCCUACAAGCGCGGCUACUUCGACAAGAAGAUGAAUUUGAUCCUGUCCGACCCCAGUGAUGACACCAAGGGCUUCUUCGACCCCAACACGCACGAGAACCUGACGUACCUGCAGCUGAAGGAGAAGUGCAUCACCGAGCCCUCCACCGGGCUCUGCCUGCUUCCCCUGAACAGCAGGAAGCGGCAGUUCGUGGAUGAGGCCACCAGGCAGGUGUUCAGGAACUCCUGGCUGCCCGUCAGGUUCGGGCGCCUACGGGGGGAGAAGGUCUCCGUGUGGGACCUGCUCAACUCCGAGUACUUCAGCGAGGGGCGGCGCCGCGAGAUCUUCAACCACUUCCAGCUGAGGAAGCUCAGCCUGGAGCAGAUCCAGCUCAUGCUGGAGGAGGAGGUGAAGAAAUGGGCUCCCAUCAAGUUCCCGGCCAUGAGGGGCAACGUCAGCGCUUAUCACCUGAUGGAAACCGGCGUCAUCGACCGGGCGCUGCUGGAGCAGGUGCUGGAGGGAUCCGUCAGCCCCGAGCAGGUGCUGCGCAUGGACUCUGUCAGGAGGUACCUCUACGGCUCGGGCAGCAUCGGGGGCAUCGUGCUGCAGCCGUCCAACCAGAGGAUGAGCAUCUACGAGGCCAUGAAGCAGAAUAUCGUGGUGCCAGGAGUAGCUCUACCCCUGCUGGAGGCCCAGGCUGCCACGGGCUUUAUUAUUGACCCCGUGAAGAACCAGAAGCUGCGCGUGGAUGAGGCCGUCAAGGAGGGCGUCAUCGGGCCGGACGUGCACGAGAAGCUGCAGCACGCCGAGGGCGCCGUGACGGGCUACAAGGACCCUUUCACGGGCAAGAAGAUCCCGCUGUUCCAGGCCAUGAAGAAGGGCCUGAUCGCGGAUAAGCAGGCCAUGCAGCUCAUGGAGGUGCAGAUGGCCACGGGAGGCAUCAUCGACCCCGCGUGUGGCCACUACAUCCCCCUGGAGUCGGCCCAGCAGCGGGGCUGCCUGGAUGAGGACACGAGCAAGGCCCUUUCCAAGCCCAGUGAUGACCACAGAGUUUUCUGCCUCCCCGAGAGCAAAGAGAGCGUGACCUACGCCGAGCUCAUCCAACGCUGCCAGAAGGACGAUGCCUCCGGCUUCCACCUGCUGCCUCUGGCACAGACGGUUGCUCCUGCCUACACCGACGAGCAAAUCCAGCGGAUCUUCAAGGAAACCAUGGUGAAGGAAAAGGGAGUGUCCCUCUGGGAGCUCAUGCACUCGGGGUAUUUCACCGAGGAGCAGAGGAGAGACUUCACGGAGCGGUUCCGCUCAGAGGAGCUGUCCCUGGAGCAGCUGGUUGCUCUCGUGCUCAGGCUGGUGGGAGAGAUGGAGAUGAAAGCCAAGACCCAGAUCUCCCUGGAAGGCCUGAGGGGCAGUGUCCCGGUGGUCUGGCUGCUGGACACGGGCAUCAUCUCUGAGAAGACGUUUGAAGAGCUGGCUCAGGGUGUGAGAACUCCCGAAGAAGUGGCCGCGAUGGAGAGUGUGAAGAGGUACCUGAAGGGCACAGGCAACAUUGCUGGGGUCUUCAUAGAGGCAUCCAAACAAAAGAUGAGCUUCUAUGAUGCCAUGAAAAACAACCUGCUCCUGCCUGGGGUCGCGCUGAGGCUGCUCGAGGCUCAGGCAGCCACGGGAUACCUGACUGACCCUGUCACAAACCGCAGACUCGGCGUGAGGGACGCCGUGAGAGCCGCUCUCGUUGGAGAAGAGCUCAGCGAGAAACUCCUGCUGGCUGAGAGGGCGGUCACGGGCUACACUGACCCCUACACCGGGAGCUCCAUCUCCCUGUGCCAGGCGCUCAGGAAAGAGCUCGUGCCCCUGGCAGAGGCCGUGCCCCUGCUGGAGGCCCAGCUGGCCACGGGAGGGGUGGUGGAUCCCAUCCACCACCUCCACCUGCCGCUCCAGGCUGCCUGCAGGUACGGCUUCUACGACGAGGACCUGAACCAAGCCCUCUCUCAGCUGGAUGACAGCACCAAGAUCUUUUUUGACCCAAACACCAAGGAGAACGUGACCUACCAGCAGCUGAAGGACCGGUGCAUCCGUGACGCUGAGUCGGGUCUGUGGCUCCUGCCGCUGUCGGAAAACGCCAUGUUCUGUGUGGAUGAGCAGACCAUGAAGGUGCUGAAAUCUGUGACUGUUUGUGUCAACGUGGGGCGGUUCAAAGGACAGACCGUGUCUGUCUGGGACCUCCUCAACUCCGAGUACUUCUCAGACAGCAAGAGAAGAGAGCUGGUGCAGAAGUACAAAGAUGAGAAGGCUGAAGUGCUGCAGGAAAUCACAACAGUGGUCACCAAAAUCAUCCAGGAGACCGAGGCACAAGGCAAGAAGUUUGCAUUCAAGGGCCUGCGGAAAAGAGUGUCCGCCAGCGACCUCUUCCAGUCCCAGCUGAUAGACAAAAAAACCCUCGAUGAGCUCAACCAGGGCAAGAAAACCGUCAAGGAAGUCACUGAGAUGGAGUCUGUCCGCAGGUACCUGGAGGGCAGCAAUUUCAUAGCAGGGGUCCUUAUGCAGCCGAGCAAUGAGAAGAUGAGCAUCUACCAGGCCAUGUGGAAGGGCAUCCUGAGGCCAGGCACCGCCCUGGUGCUGCUGGAGGCGCAGGCGGCCACCGGCUUCAUCAUUGACCCCGAGAAAAACAAGAAGUUUUCAGUGGAGGAAGCGCUGGAGGUGGGGCUGAUCGGAGGGGAGAUUUUUGAGAAGCUGCUGUGCGCCGAGAGAGCCGUGACGGGCUACACCGACCCCUACACCAAAGCCCCCAUGUCCCUGUUUGAAGCCAUGAACCAAGGGCUGAUCGUGAAGAGCCACGGCAUCCGCCUGCUCGAGGCGCAGAUCGCCACGGGCGGCAUCAUCGACCCCGUGCACAGCCACCGCGUCCCGGUGGAGGUGGCCUACAAGCGCGGCUACUUCAACCAGGAGAUGAACCAGAUCCUGUCCGACCCCAGUGAUGACACCAAGGGCUUCUUCGACCCCAACACGCACGAGAACCUCACGUACAUGCAGCUCCUGGAGAGGUGUGUCCAAGACCCAGAGACUGGGUUGUACAUGCUGCAGGUUGUAAAGGAGGGAGGGAAGUAUUUCUACAUCGAUGAGUCCACCAAGCAGGCGCUGCGCUCAAAGCCCCUCCAGGUGAGAGUUGGGAAGUUUAAGGACCAAACGGUUUCUGUAUGGGAAGUGCUCUGCUCUCACUACAUCUCAGAGCACAAAAGGAAAGAGCUGGUGAUGCAGUACAAAAGCAAAACCCUAAAGCUGGAAGAGCUGAUAUCCCUCAUCUUAAAAAUCAUCGAGGACACGGAGCGAAGAGGAGAAGCCCUCAAGGUCAAAGGGCUGCGUGGGGAGGUGUCGGUGUCAGAACUGUUCAACUCCGAGAUAAUUGACAAGAAAACUCUGGAGCAGCUGCAGGAUGGGAGUCUCACCCUUACCAGCCUCACAAAGAGGGACAGCAUCCAGAGGUACCUGGACGGCACCGGCUGCAUCGCUGGGGUUCUCCUCCCGCUGAGGAAGGAGGUGAUGAGCAUCUACCAGGCGCUGAGGCAAGGGCUCCUCACAGAGCAGUGUGCACUGGGGCUGCUGGAGGCACAGGCAGCCACCGGCUUCCUCCUCGACCCCGUCAAGAACCAGAAGCUAUCCGUGCACGAGGCUGUCUCGUCCGGGCUGGUGGGCAGCGAGCUGCGCGAGCCGCUGCUGUUGGCGGAGAAAGCCGUGACGGGAUACACGGACCCGCAAACGGGAAAUAAAAUCUCUCUCUUCCAGGCCGUGAGACAGAAGAUCAUAGUCAGAGACCAUGGCAUCCGCCUGCUUGAGGCCCAGAUCGCCACCGGCGGCAUCAUCGACCCCAAGCACGGUCACUGCCUGCCCGUGGAGGUGGCCUACAAGCGCGGGCACCUGGACGAGGACAUGUUCCUGCUGCUUUCGGAUCCAGACCAUGGCAGCAAAGGCUUUGUGGAUCCCAACACCCACGAGAAGAUCAGCUACAGCCAGCUCCUGCAGAGGUGUGCCAGAGACACCGAGAGCGGCCUGUACCUGCUGCAGGUCCUGCAGAAGGACGGCGACUAUUUCUACAUCGACGAGCAAACCAAAAACGCCCUGAUGUGCACAAAGGUGCAGGUGCCAGUGGGAAAAUACAAGGGCCAGGUGUUAUCCCUGUGGGAACUUCUCUGCUCCGAGUACGUCACGGAGGAGAAAAGAAAAGAACUGGUGAAAAAAUACAAGGCGGAGUCCCAACACAUCGUGCAAGGAAUCAUUGAGACAAUACUGAAGAUCAUUAGAGAAAAGGAAGAGGACAGAAGUGAUGUCUGGUUCCAGGGAAUCCGACAGCAAAUUACAGCAUCAGAACUGCUCAGUGCGCAAAUAAUUACAGAGGAAACCAUAGAAAAACUGCAAGAAGGGAAAGAGACGGCCCAGGGAAUAGCACAGCUGGAGAGUGUGAGGAGGUACCUGGAGGGCACAGGCAGCAUUGCCGGCGUGCUGGUGCCCUGCAAAGAUGAGCCUGGCAAGAUGGAGAAGAUGAGCAUCUACCAGGCCAUGUGGAAGGGCAUCCUGAGGCAGGGCACAGCGCUGGUGCUGCUGGAGGCGCAGGCGGCCACCGGCUUCAUCAUCGACCCCGUCAAGAACCAGAAGCUCUCCGUGGACGAAGCCGUAGCCUCCGGCCUGGUGGGAAGUGAACUAAAAAACAAACUUCUGAGUGCUGAGAGAGCAGUGACGGGCUACAACCACCCGUACACAGGACAGAAGAUGUCCCUGUUCCAGGCCAUGAAGCAGGAGCUGAUCGUCAGGGACCACGGCAUCCGCCUGCUCGAGGCGCAGAUCGCUACCGGCGGCAUCAUCGACCCCGUGCACAGCCACCGCCUGCCCGUGGAGGUGGCCUACAAGCGCGGCUACUUCGACCAGGAGAUGAGCCAGGUGCUGUCCGACCCCGGCGACGACACCAAGGGCUUCUUCGACCCCAACACGCACGAGAACCUGACGUACCUGCAGCUGCUGCGCCGCUGCGUGCCCGACCCCGACACGGGGCUGCUGAUGCUGCAGCUGACGGCCAAGGGCUCCGUGCUCUCCCAGCUGAGCCAGGAUGCCCGCAAAGCCCUGCAGGCCGCCCGCACCACGCUGCCCCUGGGGCUCUUCCAGGGCCACAGUGUCUCCGCCUGGGAGCUCCUCUUCUCCCGCUACGUCCCUGAGCAGCGGCGCCAGGAGCUGCUGCACCAGUACAAGGCGGGCACGGUCACCAUUGCACAGCUGAUCGAGCUGCUCACGGCCAUCGUCACCAGGGCAGAGGCCCAGGGCCACGCUGCCAACGUGGCCCCCAAGGCCACAGAGAAGGAGGUCCUGCCUGACCCCAUGCAGAACGGCAGUGCUGCAAACUCCCAGAAGGAACAUGGACAGGAGUUGGAGCGGGAGCAGGAUCAGGAAAAGGAGCAGGAACAGGAACUGGAAUGCUCCCUCAAGUCCCACACAGUUGAGGUCUCGGCUGGCGGCUUCCACGGCAGGAAGGUGUCCCUGUGGGAGCUGCUCUUCUCCAAGUUCGUGUGCGAGGCCAAGCGUGCCGAGCUGCUGGGGCAGCUGCGGGCCGGCAGCCUGGCGCUGGCCCAGCUGGCCACGCUCCUCACACAGCUGGUGGAGGAGGCGGCGCAGCGCAGCAGCAGCGUGAAAUUCCCAGGCCUCAGGAGGCAGGUGAGCGCCUCGGACCUGCUGGACUCAGGCAUCAUCGACACGGGCACGCUGGCCCAGCUGGUGCAGGGCGCCAGGACGGUGCAGGAGGUGACACAGAUGGCCUCGGUCAAGCGCUACCUGGACGGCACGGGCGUCAUCGCCGGCGUGCUGGUGCCAGGCAAGACCGAGCCGGGCAGCAUGGAGAAGAUGAGCAUCUACCAGGCCAUGUGGAAGGGCAUCCUGAGGCAGGGCACGGCGCUGGUGCUGCUGGAGGCACAGGCGGCCACCGGCUUCAUCAUUGACCCCGUCAAGAACCAGAAACUCUCCGUGGACGAGGCCGUGGCCUCCGGCCUGGUGGGCAGCGAGCUGCACGAGAAGCUGCUGUCGGCCGAGCGGGCCGUGACGGGCUACUCCGACCCCUACACGGGCGAGAAGAUCUCCCUGUUCCAGGCCAUGCAGAAGGAGCUGAUCGUCAGGGACCACGGCAUCCGCCUGCUCGAGGCCCAGAUCGCCACGGGUGGCAUCAUCGAUCCCGUGCACAGCCACCGUGUCCCGGUGGAGGUGGCCUACAAGCGCGGCUACUUCGACCAGGAGAUGAGCCAGGUGCUGUCCGACCCUGGCGACGACACCAAGGGCUUCUUCGACCCCAACACGCACGAGAACCUGACGUACCUGCAGCUGCUGCGCCGCUGCGUGCCCGACCCCGACACGGGGCUGCUGAUGCUGCAGCUGACGGCCAAGGGCUCCGUGCUCUCCCAGCUGAGCCAGGAUGCCCGCAAAGCCCUGCAGGCUGCCCGCACCACGCUGCCCCUGGGGCUCUUCCAGGGCCACAGCGUCUCCGCCUGGGAGCUCCUCUUCUCCCGCUACGUCCCUGAGCAGCGGCGCCAGGAGCUGCUGCGCCAGUACAAGGCGGGCACGGUCACCAUUGCACAGAUGAUCGAGCUGCUCACCGCCAUCGUCACCAGAGCCGAGGCCCAGGGCCACGCUGCCAACGUGGCCCCCAAGGGUGCAGAGAAGGAGGUCCUGCCCAAUUCAAUGCAGAACGGCAGCGCCUCAAACUCCCAGAACGACCAGGAGCAGAAGGGGGAGCAGAAAUGGGAGCAGGAGCAGAAUCAGGAGCAGGAGCAGGAACUGGAACGCUCCCUCAAGUCCCACACAGUCGAGGUCUCGGCUGGCGGCUUCCACGGCAGGAAGGUGUCCCUGUGGGAGCUGCUCUUCUCCAAGUUCGUGUGCGAGGCCAAGCGUGCCGAGCUGCUGGGGCAGCUGCGGGCCGGCAGCCUGGCGCUGGCCCAGCUGGCCACGCUCCUCACACAGCUGGUGGAGGAGGCGGCGCAGCGCAGCAGCAGCGUGAAAUUCCCAGGCCUCAGGAGGCAGGUGAGCGCCUCGGACCUGCUGGACUCAGGCAUCAUCGACACAGGCACGCUGGCCCAGCUGGUGCAGGGCGCCAGGACGGUGCAGGAGGUGACGCAGAUGGCCUCGGUCAAGCGCUACCUGGACGGCACGGGCGUCAUCGCCGGCGUGCUGGUGCCAGGCAAGGACGAGCCCAACAAGAUGGAGAAGAUGAGCAUCUACCAGGCCAUGUGGAAGGGCAUCCUGAGGCAGGGCACAGCGCUGGUGCUGCUGGAGGCGCAGGCAGCCACCGGCUUCAUCAUCGACCCUGUCAAGAACCAGAAACUCUCCGUGGACGAGGCCGUGGCCUCGGGCCUGGUGGGCAGUGAGCUGCACGAGAAGCUGCUGUCGGCCGAGCGGGCCGUGAUGGGCUACUCCGACCCCUACACGGGCGAGAAGAUCUCCCUGUUCCAGGCCAUGCAGAAGGAGCUGAUCGUCAGGGACCACGGCAUCCGCCUGCUCGAGGCCCAGAUCGCCACGGGUGGCAUCAUCGAUCCCGUGCACAGCCACCGUGUCCCGGUGGAGGUGGCCUACAAGCGCGGCUACUUCGACCAGGAGAUGAGCCAGGUGCUGUCCGACCCCGGCGACGACACCAAGGGCUUCUUCGACCCCAACACGCAUGAGAACCUGACGUACCUGCAGCUGCUGUGCCGCUGCGUGCCCGACCCCGACACGGGGCUGCUGAUGCUGCAGCUGACGGCCAAGGGCUCUGUGCUCUCCCAGCUGAGCCAGGAUGCCCGCAAAGCCCUGCAGGCCGCCCGCACCACGCUGCCCCUGGGGCUCUUCCAGGGCCACAGCGUCUCCGCCUGGGAACUCCUCUUCUCCCGCUACGUCCCUGAGCAGCGGCGCCAGGAGCUGCUGCGCCAGUACAAGGCGGGCACGGUCACCAUUGCACAGCUGAUCGAGCUGCUCACGGCCAUCGUCACCAGGGCAGAGGCCCAGGGCCACGCUGCCAACGUGGCCCCCAAGGGUGCAGAGAAGGAGGACCAGGAGCAGGAGCAGGAACUGGAACGCUCCCUCAAGUCCCACACAGUCGAGGUCUCGGCUGGCGGCUUCCACGGCAGGAAGGUGUCCCUGUGGGAGCUACUCUUCUCCAAGUUCGUGUGCGAGGCCAAGCGUGCCGAGCUGCUGGGGCAGCUGCGGGCCGGCAGCCUGGCGCUGGCCCAGCUGGCCACGCUCCUCACACAGCUGGUGGAGGAGGCGGCGCAGCGCAGCAGCAGCGUGAAAUUCCCAGGCCUCAGGAGGCAGGUGAGCGCCUCGGACCUGCUGGACUCGGGCAUCAUCGACACGGGCACGCUGGCCCAGCUGGUGCAGGGUGCCAGGACGGUGCAGGAGGUGACGCAGAUGGCCUCGGUCAAGCGCUACCUGGACGGCACGGGCGUCAUCGCCGGCGUGCUGGUGCCAGGCAAGGCCGAGCCCAGCAAGAUGGAGAAGAUGAGCAUCUACCAGGCCAUGUGGAACGGCAUCCUGAGGCAGGGCACGGCGCUGGUGCUGCUGGAGGCGCAGGCGGCCACCGGCUUCAUCAUCGACCCUGUCAAGAACCAGAAACUCUCCGUGGACGAGGCCGUGGCCUCGGGCCUGGUGGGCAGUGAGCUGCACGAGAAGCUGCUGUCGGCCGAGCGGGCCGUGACGGGCUACUCCGACCCCUACACGGGCGAGAAGAUCUCCCUGUUCCAGGCCAUGCAGAAGGAGCUGAUCGUCAGGGACCAUGGCAUCCGCCUGCUCGAGGCCCAGAUCGCCACGGGCGGCAUCAUCGACCCCGUGCACAGCCACCGUGUCCCGGUGGAGGUGGCCUACAAGCGCGGCUACUUCGACCAGGAGAUGAGCCAGGUACUGUCCGACCCCGGCGACGACACCAAGGGCUUCUUCGACCCCAACACGCACGAGAACCUGACGUACCUGCAGCUGCUGCGCCGCUGCGUGCCCGACCCCGACACGGGGCUGCUGAUGCUGCAGCUGAUGGCCAAGGGCUCCGUGCUCUCCCAGCUGAGCCAGGAUGCCCGCAAAGCCCUGCAGGCCGCCCGCACCACGCUGCCCCUGGGGCUCUUCCAGGGCCACAGCGUCUCCGUCUGGGAGCUCCUCUUCUCCCGCUACGUCCCUGAGCAGCGGCGCCAGGAGCUGCUGCGCCAGUACAAGGCGGGCACGGUCACCAUUGCACAGCUGAUCGAGCUGCUCACGGCCAUCGUCACCAGGGCAGAGGCCCAGGGCCACGGCGCCAACGUGGCCCCCAAGGGUGCAGAGAAGGAGGUCCUGCCUGACCCCACGCAGAACGGCAGCACCUCAAACUCCCAGAAGGAACAUGGACAGGAGUUGGAGCGGGAGCAGGAUCAGGAAAAGGAGCAGGAACUGGAACGCUCUCUCAAGUCCCACACAGUUGAGGUCUCGGCUGGCGGCUUCCACGGCAGGAAGGUGUCCCUGUGGGAGCUGCUCUUCUCCAAGUUCGUGUGCGAGGCCAAGCGUGCCGAGCUGCUGGGGCAGCUGCGGGCCGGCAGCCUGGCGCUGGCCCAGCUGGCCACGCUCCUCACACAGCUGGUGGAGGAGGCGGCGCAGCGCAGCAGCAGCGUGAAAUUCCCAGGCCUCAGGAGGCAGGUGAGCGCCUCGGACCUGCUGGACUCGGGCAUCAUCGACACGGGCACGCUGGCCCAGCUGGUGCAGGGCGCCAGGACGGUGCAGGAGGUGACGCAGAUGGCCUCGGUCAAGCGCUACCUGGACGGCACGGGCGUCAUCGCUGGCGUGCUGGUGCCCUGCAAGGGCGACCCCGGCAGCAUGGAGAAGAUGAGCAUCUACCAGGCCAUGUGGAAGGGCAUCCUGAGGCAGGGCACUGCCCUGGUGCUGCUGGAGGCACAGGCGGCCACCGGCUUCAUCAUCGACCCCGUCAAGAACCAGAAGCUCUCCGUGGACGAGGCCGUGGCCUCGGGCCUGGUGGGCAGCGAGCUGCACGAGAAGCUGCUGUCGGCCGAGCGGGCCGUGACGGGCUACUCCGACCCCUACACGGGCGAAAAGAUCUCCCUGUUCCAGGCCAUGCAGAAGGAGCUGAUCGUCAGGGACCACGGCAUCCGCCUGCUCGAGGCCCAGAUCGCCACGGGCGGCAUCAUCGACCCCGUGCACAGCCACCGUGUCCCAGUGGAGGUGGCCUACAAGCGCGGCUACUUCGACCAGGAGAUGAGCCAGGUGCUGUCCGACCCUGGCGACGACACCAAGGGCUUCUUCGACCCCAACACGCACGAGAACCUGACGUACCUGCAGCUGCUGCGCCGCUGCGUGCUCGACCCCGACACCGGCCUUUAUUUCCUUAACACACCCAGAGCCCCACAGGAGCGGGAUCCUGCCCCACAGACCGCGCAGAAGAUGAGUGGGUGCUCCCAGAGCAGCGAAUCCUGCGGGACCCCCCCGGCUGCAGGCGAGCACGAAGGGACGGGCGGGGCUGGGGGCGACUUCAUCGCCGGAGUCUUCAUCCCGGCCACGGGGGAGAAGCUGAGCAUCCACGAGGCCAUGGCCAGGGGGCUGCUGAGCCCGGGCACGGCGCUGGUGCUGCUGGAGGCGCAGGCGGCCUCGGGGCUGCUGACGGAGCCCGGCAGGAACCGGCGGCUCUCGGUCAGGGACGCGCUGGCCCAGGGGCUCAUCGGCCCCCACUUCGUGGAGCAGCUGCUGUCGGCCGAGGGGGCCGUGACGGGGUACCCAGAGCCCUGCACAGGCCACAGGCUGUCCCUGUGCCAGGCCAUGAGGCAGGGAUUCAUCCUCAGGGACCACGGCAUCCGCCUGCUGCAGGCACAGCUCGCCACCGGCGGCAUCAUCGACCCCCAGGGCCACCGAGUCCCGGUGGAGGUGGCCUACGAGCGUGGCUACCUGGACCAGGAGAUGAGCCAGCUGCUGUCCGACCCCGAGAGCCAAACCAGGAGCUGCUUCGACCCCAACACGCACGAGAACCUGACGUACCUGCAGCUGCUGCGCCGCUGCGUGCCCGACCCCGACACGGGGCUGCUGAUGCUGCAGCUGACGGCCAAGGGCUCUGUGCUCUCCCAGCUGAGCCAGGAUGCCCGCAAAGCCCUGCAGGCCGCCCGCACCACGCUGCCCCUGGGGCUCUUCCAGGGCCACAGCGUCUCCGCCUGGGAGCUCCUCUUCUCCCGCUACGUCCCUGAGCAGCGGCGCCAGGAGCUGCUGCGCCAGUACAAGGCGGGCACGGUCACCAUCGCACAGAUGGUCGAGCUGCUCACGGCCAUCGUCACCAGGGCAGAAAGGGACAGCGGGGCUCGGGGCUCGUCCCAGCCCUGUGCCGAGGCGAGGGCGUCACGGCCAGCCCGGCUGAGACAAUCCCUGAAGUCUGCGCGGGUCCGUGUCACCGCCGGGGCGCUGCGGGGCCGGGACGUGUCCGUGCUGGACCUGCUCUUCUCCACGCACAUCCCCCCGGGGACACGGCAGGAGCUGCUGGAGCUCUACAGGGCCGGGGCUCUGAGCUCCCAGCAGGUGGCCACCGUGGUGACCACCGUGGUGAACCGAGCAGAGGCCGCGGCCGGCGCCAGGAGCGCACACGGGGCAGGGGCGGGCGAGGAUGAGGAGGGGCGUUCAGCACAGCUGGAUGAUGUCCUGAAGGCCACCAGCGUGGAGGUGGCGGCUGGGGAGGCCCAGGGCAGGCAGGGGUCCCUGAAAAAGGAAUCCACAGCCAGGAAAUUCCAAAUCACAGUCAAGGGGUCCAGCCAGGACCCUGUGACAGCAGCAGAGGGGGGUGGCGACCCCCCCAGAGAAGAACCCUGGGAAACAACCCUAAAAACCACCAGGAUCGAUGUGGGGGCUGCGGAGUUUCGGGGCCACAAGGUCUCGCUCUGGGAGCUGCUCCACUCCCGGUACAUCCCCGAGGAGGGCAGGGAGGAGCUGCUGGAGCUGUACCGGGCCGGGGAGCUGAGCCUGGAGCAGGUGAGGAUGGCGGUGAGCACCAUGAGUGACCUCAGGGCAGAACCAGGGGGAGCCGGGAGUGACCCCAGGGCAGGGUCAGUGGCUCCUGGGAGUGGUCCCGGGGCAGAAGCAGUGGCCACAGAGGCCGAGUCAGUGGCCACAGAGGCGGAGGCAGUGGCCACAGAGGCUGAGCCCAGCCCCCUGCACGGGGGUCAGGCCUGGGAAGAGCUCCUGAAGGCCAGCAGAGCCGAGGUACCAGUGGGGGAGGCCCAGGGCGGGCAGGGGUCCCUGUGGGAGCUGCUCCACUCCCGGCACAUCCCCGAGGAGAAGCGGCAGGAGCUGCUGGGGCUGUUCCGGGAGGGAACGCUGCCCUUGGAGCAGCUCAGCCUCGUGGUCACCACUCUCAUUGAGAACAAAGAAUCCACAGCCAGGAAAUUCCAAAUCACGGUCAAGGGUCCCAGCCAGGACCGUGUGACAGCAGCAGAGGGGGGUGGCGACCCCCCCAGGGAUGAACACUGGGAAACAACCCUAAAAACCACCAGGAUCGAUGUGGGGGCUGCGGAGUUUCGGGGACACAAGGUCUCGCUCUGGGAGCUGCUCCACUCCCGGUACAUCCCCGAGGAGGAAGCAGUGGCCACAGAGGCCGAGUCAGUGGCCACAGAGGCUGAUCCCAGCCCCCUGCUCACCGUGGAUCUGCUGCGCUCCGAGGGCUCGGACAUCACCCUGGGGCCGUGCCAGGACCUGUGCCAAGAUCUGUGCCAGGAGCCGUGCCAGGCCCGCAGGGUGUCGCUGUGGCAGCUCCUGCGCUCCCGGCGCGUGUCCGAGUACAGGAGGGAGGCGCGGCUGGAAACCUUCCCCAGGAACGGGCUCAGGGUGAACAGGAUCACCAUAACCACCACCGUGAGCACAGGGAAUGGCACCGGGACUGGCACCAGGAAUGGCACCGGGACUGGCAGCGGGAGUGGCACCAGGAAUGGCACCAAGAAUGGCACGGGGAAAGGCAGCAGGAAUGGCACCGGGACUGGCACCAGGUCUGGCACCAUCUGGCACCACUGA